AAUUUUUUUCUUUGUGCACUUCAAAAACUUUUCAUCACGAAACCACAAAUAUUGCUCUCUUUUCUGCCGUGUUUUUUUGCGGGUCUAAAACUUUUGUUUGCGAGUUGAAAAGUUUUGCUUGCGAGUGAAGCUGUGUCUCAGUGGGCGGUCUCUACGCACCAGGAUGAAAGGCCUAUUUCUAUUGGCCAUUCUCGAUUGAAGUGACAGGUUGACCACGCCCACUACGCUUUCCCGCCACUGCCGCCAGUCUGACAGAAGAGCGAGCUUCUAGCAGCAAUGGCCAGCAACCGCUCGUUUACUGGACUGCAAACAAGCCGAGAUGCUCCAAACUGCGCUCCGCACUUCAUUGACGAGAGAGGCGGGAGAAAUAAUGAGUGAGGAGGAUGUGAUUCGUCAUGCAGCAGCACAGAUAGACACUACAAAAAUAUUCAAUGUUUGCGUAUCACGAGAUAACAUUGUAGAGAGAGGCCUGAAGCUGUGGAAACGGCAAAAAACAGGAAGCCCAGUCAAUCCUUUGAAAAUCACCUUUCUUGGAGAGCCAGGAGUUGACACAGGGGCACUGAGGAAAGAAUUUCUGUCCACAAUGGUUGCCGGCAUUGAAAAACGUGUCUUUGAAGGUGAUGCGAAGAAAGGAAAAAUGCCUAAGUACUCCCUUAAUGAUCUAGAUAAUGAGCUGUUCAAAGUUGCAGGUGAAAUAUUUGCUGUGAGCAUUGCCCAAGGAGGACCGGCACCGAGGUUUAUGCAAGAAUGGUGUUACGAAUACCUUGUUUCUGGUAACAUUAAAAGGGAUGGUGUGCAUGACACAGAGAUAUCACCACUAAUCAAAAUGAUUGAAGAUGCAUCUGACCUGUCCAACUACACAAACGAAAUCCUGGACUGUGGCUACACUGGACCAGUCAAUGUUGACCACAAGGAAAGCAUAUUAAGAGCUCUUGCUCUACAUAUUACAACAAAACGCAUCCCAAUGCUGCAACAACUGCGCGAGGGCCUUGAGAUAUAUGAUCUUAUUAAAGUCAUGCAGAGAAAGCCACAUGAGUGUCACGAUCUCUUCGUCAUAGGAUAUGAUGACAAAGUUGAUGCCCAUUACAUUUUAUCCCACCUGGCCCCAGAGAUGAGCCCAAGUGGUUCGAUUAAACAAGUGAAAGAGUCAAAAAUCAUGGAAUUCUUUCAAGAUUUCCUACUUGAGCUUGAAGACACACAACCAGAAGAUGGGGCAGCAGGAGAAACCUUGUCUGUACCGAAGAUAAUGCAGUGGAUGACUGGGCAAGCUCACAGGCAUCUGCUUGUAUCAGAAAGGGAGAAAUUUAAGAUAGUUAUUAAAUUUGAGCACUGCUGUCUACAGCACAUGCCUAACCACACUGUGUGCUACCCAAUUGUUAGUGCUUGUACCAAUACCAUAACAUUUCCUGUAGUCCAUAUGGUAGAUUAUGAGUCUUUCAAAACACUCUUGCAAACUGCUGUUACAUAUGGAGCAAGCUUUGACAGAGUGUAGCAAAUCUGCUGAAAUUGUGUACUGUAGAAACCUGCAGUUUCAUUGAUUCAUGUUUAUCAAAGCAUUAUUUACAAUGUUCACUCUUUGGAAUGUUUUUAAAUGCAUGCAAGGCAAAAUGAUAAUGUAUUUGGUGUACAUUACCAAAAAAAAAAACAGACAAUUUAUUGUGGAAAAACAAGUUCCUUUAUAGUGUAACAAUGUCUUUUCAUGUUUUUUAAUUGAAGGCACAACAUGUAUUAGUUCAGUUACCUU